AUGCACACUCUUCAAUUUCUCACAUUUCUUGCAGUUACAGGUUUCGUGGCAUCCGAUGUCGCAAAAUGUCUGAAUCACGGAACACCGCUCAAUGCGACCGAUUGUGUAUGUCCGGAGUUUGUCAGUGGAAAACUCUGUGAGCAUACAAGAUGCCCAAGAUUCGGAAUUGCCGACAAAAAUCGAUGCACGUGUCCUCCUGGAUGGUUCGCUCCACGGUGUGGAAUUCGCAGAUGUCGUCCACCGGUUGAUGAAAACAUGGAUUUCCAUAAAAGAUCGCUGAUAAUCGUAUUCAACACAAAGACUACAAUGUUGGAGCAAAAGAAUGCAUUGGUUAGCUCAUUCAACAAAAUGCUCGAUGAAAUCACAACGAAUCAGGCCACACGAGUAAAAGAAAACUUUGUGAAUUAUAUAUUCUAUGGAUUUGUGAAGAAAGGAGAUUCGAUAAAUGUUACUGAGUUUUUAUUGGAAGAUUCCACCGAAUUUUUGGAGAAAAUAAAGAAUAUUGAACUACAAGAUGGAGACGAUACGCAGCCGGUAUUGGUAUCAGCCUACAAUGCUCAGCAAACUUAUGGCGAAACAAGACCGAAUUCAGUUCUUCUCGUCUUCACUGAUUCUCCAGCAUCAGACGCCACACCACUGUCCUAUCAUUUUGAAGAUGGAACUCAGGAGCAACUCACAAUGCAAAAUAUCAUUCUGUGGAGGCAUAAGCUCGCAUUUUUGUUGUCACUUCCGGAUGGAGUUGACCGAACCUCGGACGCGGUAGACGUAUAUCGAAGGAUUGCGAUGACUGCACAUGGUGAUUCAUUCUUUGUCAAAAACGGAAAUGAGACAAGCGAGAUUUUGACGGAGGUAAUUGGAAUGUACUAUCAUCCUGAGAAUAUCAAUAUUGCAUACGGUAUUACUGGUAGCAGAAUAAUUGAACCAACAAGAGAUACCGAUAAUCAAUUCGUGUUCAUAUUGAUCACGUUUGAUCCAACAGAUCCAAAUAAUAAACAAUUGCCGUCAAUUGAAAAUGGAAAUCUUUAUUCAGAAGGAAGAAAUCAUCGACUAUAUUUCUCGUUCAAUGAUCCGUCUAUUAAAAUCGUCGCCGAUUUUCAAACUCAAUACAAUUAUCGGAUUUUCCUUCAAUCCGAUUAUGUGAUCCUAUCUGAACUCAGCAGCGAUAGUGAAAUCGAUCUUGGAAAUUUCAUGGUUACCCAAGGAGUUCCAAAGUGGGUCACAUCGAAAGUGUUCGGUUUUCCACCGUUUGACACGAUCAGCUAUCACAUGGAGUCAUCUACAAACGAAGUGGUCCGUGAGGAAUACUAUGGAAGUCUUCGCCCUCAAAAGGACUGCACGUUUGAUUAUACCUUUGAUGUGUGGCAAGACACGUCAACUUGUAUCCCGGGACCAUUGACAAACGUUGUUCGAUUGUACUACGGCAACACUUACAAACAGAGGGUAAUCGCAUCGUAUUGCGACAUCGUUUCCCACACAAAGCAUAUUCCACAACAUUAUGUCAAACCUGCGAGUGUCUUAUUAGAGCUUAGUGCGGCAGAAUCUCAUGACGAUUCAUUGAGUACAUGUGAUUCGAAAUACAUUCCGGCCAUCAACGAUGCGAGAAUGAAUGAGCCGAAUCAGUAUAUAUUUGUGUUGGAAAGACAUUCUGGAAAUGCGGAAAUAUACAAGACAUUGUCGCGCGAAAUCGAACAGAUCAUCGAUUUCAUUAAACCGAGCACAGAAACUGCUCACACCAAAGAAUUUACUUUAAUUGUUCAUUGUGAUCAAGAAUCUCGCGUUGUCCUGAGUUCCUACAAUCCGAAAGUUUUUAUUAAAUUAUUCCGCGAAAAAGUUGAUUCGUUGAAACUAUUCGAUAAUUUGGACCACACAAUGGGUUUAAUGUCUAUUAUACAGGCUCAAAAGAUCAAUAUUCUACCAUUGGCUCAAAUAUUUUAUUUCACAAAUCAACAGGUUACUGAUUUGAGUGAUAUUGGCCGAAAUUGGGAUGUUGUUGAUAAAGAUACUGAGUUUAAUUUCUUCUCGAUUUCAAAUGGAACAAUUUCUAAUGCCCUUUAUCUUCCAUUGCAAUUGCAAAUUGUCCAACGACAAUCUGGCGGUCGGUUGAUUCCGAUCAAAACUGAAGAUUCGUUGAUUCCUUUGUUUGCUGAUAUCACCACCGGCGCAACUGCUCUCACAACCGACAGCGAAAAGUUCGAUUGCUCAGUGCAAGAAUACUCCGCUGAGCUUUACGUCGAGAAGGACGCCGAUGCUGUGAUCAUUCAAUUGACGGGUGCCGGAUUAAAAAAUAUACGCAUUCAGGAUUCUUCACAGCAAGAAAUCAACAUGACGUCAUUCAUUCGAUACAAAUCCGAAAAUGUUGUGAUUUUACGAAUCGACUUCGAGAAAAACCAUCAGAAUCACGGAAUUUGGCAAGUGGUGAUGGGCACAAACCAAGGAGGAUGUCAAGUAACAGCACGAAUCAAGACAUCGAAAGGCGUAAUCCUUGGAUUCACAUCAUCGCCAACUGAUGAUGCUGCGACAACCCAAAUUUUUUCGAUGCGACAAAAUACUCAAUUCAAUCGCGCGAUCUAUGCAGUUGUUCGUUCGCGAACCGAUUACAGCGCAGUUCCAACAACUAUUGAGAUUCAAACGAUCAAUCAAGAAAGAUUCGACUUGCCGGCAACCGAUUCUCAUUUGACGAUGUCUCCACGCGAUAAUUCUUCGUGCUCGUUCAACUACAUCUCGAAUCCCGUGAAUGUUCCAAAAACUCAAAUGACAUUAUGGAUUUUGAGAGGCAUCAAUGAAAACAAAGAAUUCGAAAUCCGUCGAAUGUACUACUAUGUUCAACACUUGCCAGCUGAUACGUCAGUUUGCCAUGGCGGACAAGUAAAUGAAUUCGGGCAAUGCAAAUGUCCGGACAGAUACACGGGCGAAUAUUGUUGGGAUCGGAUUUGUGCCGAAGGAGCUACACUAGCUUAUGGUAUUUGCUUCUGUGCUCCGGGUUACAUGGGAGACUUUUGCGAAACAGAAUUACUUGUGAAUUCGACGUCGACAACUGUUUCUCCUGGACCAUCUGUUGGAACAACACCCAGUCACAUUGAGACAACAACCAAAUCAACAUCGAAGACAAACCUUCUGUCUGCCGUUACAUCGAUGACUGUUGACGGCUACGAUAACGGGAAGGUUAUCGCGAGAAUACGCGUUUAA